UGCAACAGGGCAGCCUCUGAUUCGCGUCUGAGCCAUGGCUCUAGCCGUUGCAGUUGCAACGUUUUUCAGUUGAUCGCGAAUCGUGGCUUUGACAAGUUGAACUUCUAUUAUCCAUGGAUAGCAAAAGGAAAACGGGCAAGUGGCGCCGGACCCCGAUGGCAUUUCUGGUGGUGGUGGUGCUGCUGCUGCUGCCAAUGCCUGCACCCAGCGAAGCCGCUGAAAUACUGGGCCUGUUUGCACAUCCGGGCAAGAGUCACUUUGAGUUCUUUCGCCCCAUAUUCGUGGCGCUGGCGGGACGUGGCCAUAACAUCAGCAUGUACAGCUACUUUCCGCUGGCUCAGCCGAUGGCCAACUACACGGAUUAUGUCUUUAAGGGCGCGCCACUGCUGACGGACAUCAUUGAUCUGACGUCAUUUGAAUCAUCGGAGUGGCAGCCCUUGGGUCUGCCCUACAAGAUUCCCACCUACUUCAUGCUGCACAACUGGGGCAUGCGCUUCUGCAGUGCGGCCCUGAACUCGCCCCUGAUCGCCGAUCUGCUCAGCUCGCCGCUGCGCUACGAUUUGAUCAUACUGGAGCACUUCUCGAACGACUGCAUGACGGCAGUGGCGCAUCUGCUGAAUGCCCCUGUGAUUGCCCUCAGCAGCUGUGCCAUCAUGCCGUGGCACUACAGGCGUAUGGGUACGCCCUACAUCAACCCCAUUAUGCCCAUGAACUUCCUGACCUACACCGAUCAGAUGGGGCUGAUCGAUCGCGUCAAUAAUUUCGUACAUUUCCACACAGUCAACACGUUGUACGAAUGGAUUACCCAGCCGGAGACAGAUGCGUUGAUAAGUCAGAGAUUCGGCUUCGGACUGCCGCCCGUCAAUGAGAUUGUGAAGAACACCAGCCUGAUGCUGAUUAACCAGCACUACGCCCUGACUGGGCCCCGUCCGUAUGCACCCAAUGUCGUGGAAGUGGGCGGAUUGCAAAUAGGUCCCCAGAAAACCCUGCCAGCGCUGCUCGAAAAGAUCAUGCAGGACUCUGUAAGCGGUGUCAUAUACAUCAGCUGGGGCUCCAUGGUCGAUCCAACCUCGCUGCCGGAUGAGAAGCGGCGAGCUCUAUUCAAGAGCAUUGCCCAAAUGAAGGAUUACACCUUUUUGAUGCGCUGGAAGAGUGGAAAACCAUUGGCAGAGGACAAGCCCAGCAAUCUGUUCACCUUCGAUUGGCUGCCGCAACGUGACCUGCUGUGCCAUCCCCGGGUCAAGGGAUUCAUCUCGCACGCCGGACUCCUGGGCACCACGGAGGCGGUCCACUGUGGCGUUCCGAUGCUGGUGACGCCCUUCUAUGGGGAUCAGUUCCUGAAUGCCGGUGCCCUGGCACAGCGCGGCUUCGGUGUCAUUGUUGACUUUGGCGAUUUCGAUGAGCGUCACAUAACCAGCGGUCUCCAGACCAUACUCGAGAAAGGAUUCGCCGAUAAGGUUCGACGCUCGGCAAAGGCCUUCCGGGAACGUCCGCAGUCCCCCUUGGAGCUGGCCAUUUGGUGGAUCGAACAUGUCAUCGAUACACGCGGCGCCCCAUUGCUCGAAAACAGAGCCCGGCAUAUCAAUUGGUUCGUCUACAACUCCAUUGAUGUUUACCUGAUCUGCUUGGCAGUCAUUGGAAUACCUCUCUGGGCCAUCUGUCAGCUGGCUAGACUUUUACGGCGAACUCUCGACAUAUUUAAAACUUCGAAAAACAGGAAAACAAAGGUUCAAUAAAUUAAUUAAUGACAA